AUGGAGAAGGGAAACCAAACCAGCUUCUCAGAAUUCCUCCUCCUGGGACUGUCAGAUCGAGUGGAGCAGCGGCAGCUCCUCUUCGUGCUGUUCCUCUGGAUGUACCUGCUCGGAUUCCUGGGGAGCCUGCUCAUCGUCCUGGCCAUCGGCUCCGACCCACACCUGCACACUCCCAUGUACUUCUUCCUCGUCAACCUCUCCUUGGCUGACAUCUGUUUCUUGUCCACCACGGUCCCCAAGAUGCUGGUCAAUGUCCAGACCCAAGAUAAAUCCAUAUCUUAUGCAGGUUGCCUGGCACAAGGGUACUUUUUUAAUCUGUUUGGCGUAAUGGACAAUUUCCUCCUCACAGGGAUGGCUUAUGACCACUACGUGGCCAUAUGUCAACCCCUCCAUUAUACCACGAUCAUGAACCCACGGUUCUGUGCCCUGGUGGUUACUGGGUCUUGGAUGGUCAGUGGCCUUGAUGCCUUAAUACAUACCUUACUGAUGCUUCGCUUAUCCUUCUGCAAAAAUAAUGAAAUCCUUCACUUCUUCUGUGAAAUUAACCAGGUUCUAAUGCUUUCCUGUACGGACACCCACAUCAAUGUUUUUUUGUUAUAUGCACUGAUAAUGGCACUUGGAAUAGGUCCCCUCACAGGCCUCCUGUUCUCUUACACUCGUAUUGUCUUCACCAUACUGAGAAUCCCAUCUGCCUGGGGAAGGUAUAAAGCUUUCUCCACCUGUGGCUCUCACCUGUCCGUGGUCUCCCUGUUCUACGGCACUGCUCUUGGGGUCUAUUUCAGUUCCACGUCUACCCACGUGUCCCGGAAGGGCUCGGUAGCAUCCGUGAUGUACACGGUGGUCACACCUGUGCUGAACCCCUUCAUCUACAGCCUGAGGAAUAAAGACAUGAAAGGGGCUUUGAGAAACGUGUUCAGCAGGUAA